CUGUUCUUCUUUUUGUUUUAAUCUAAAGACAACGAGGGUUUGCAUCUCUACCAGAGAUGCUCUACUGAGCAUGCUGGAAGCGGAUUCUAGAUACAAGCUCUGUAACUGUUGUAUAAAUUUCUGUAGAAAGCAAGUCUGGGGGUGAGAGUAGGGCUUGGAAUAUGGACUAACAGACUUGUUCUUAGUCUCCUUUUGGGUUCGUGAGGGAACCACCAGAAAAUAAAGGCAAACCAAUGAUUAUUUACUUUCACAGAAACAUGAUGCAUGAUUGGGUUGUCGUGCAGCCAAAUGUAGAAUUUUUUUAAAGAAAGAAUUCCAGUUAGUUAUUCCAUGAAUAUGUUGAAGUAUUUCUUUCUUCCAUUAAUUAAGCUGAGGCUUUUAAACACAAACACACAUUCUUUUUUCUCAUUAGUAUUUAUUUGAAUAUUUCACUUGGGGUGGCUUUGGUAGGGGCCUGAUAGAGAUUAUAUUGUUGCUAAAUAUUUUGCUCCCAGAGUCACUUGAUGUUGCUUUCAUUGUCUAGCAGUGAGCAUGAAAAGAAUUUAUCUACAUAUUCAAAAUGAUUUAUUUUAAUUUUCCUCUUAUCUGAAAAGUGACAAUAUGACUUUUCAUCAUUGUUCUACAUUAAUUCUAUAAUUCUACAAAUUAUAUUUAAUCAUAUACAGAUUUAACUUGUUUGCUUGUAUAUCAAAAGUUGCCUUUUUUCCUUCUCUCAAACUGUCCAAAUAUAUAAAGUUUGUUUCAAUUACUAAUAUAUUGUUUUCUGUCUUUUGCUGUCACUAGCUCUUGUAGCAUUAAGAGACAUUGAGAAAAUAAAUUUCAGAAACCAAGAUUAAUGAAAACAAACCAUUAGAUUUUAAAGAAGUUUGCUAAUAAAGCUAUCACCAAAGGUUAGAAACAAAAUCAAGUAGAAGAAAUGCUUAUAGUAUGGCAUGUGCACAGACCUCUGCAGCAGAUAGUCUUGUUUUAGGGGCUAUCCAGAUUAUGAUUGGCAUCUUUCAUAUUUUCAUGUGGUAUUUCCUAUUGGUUUUGUAUAUGGGACAAAUUAAAGGAGUCUUUGGGACAUAUGAACCUAUAACUUACAAAACAGGAUGUGCUUUUUGGGGAAUUUUUUAUAUUGUGUCAGGAGUUUCCUCAAUAAGAUCAACACAGAAUUCAAGUCGAUACCUGAGCAUAUGGGCUUUGACCAUGAACAUCUUCUCUGUGAUUACUGCACUUAUUGCACUAUCUCUAACAAUAAUUGAGUUGUCUACUUUUAACACUGUGUCAUAUAGGAAUUAUGGACAAGCGAAACUAGGGAGGGAAGUUUCACGUGUUUUAUUGACCACGUACCUCUUGGAAAUUGGUAUUGCCCUUACACAUGCAAUCUGCUGCUGUUCACAGUUGAACAAAACGGAUCAGAGGACCCCACACCCUCGUAGCAGCUCCCUGAAACUGAACAAAAAACACAGUUCUGCAAUGGGAAGUCAAGAACUAGGAGUGGAUCUGAGGCAACCACAUUCUCGUAGCAGCUCCCUGAAACUGGACAAAACUGCAAGUGAAGAACUAGGAGAGGAUCUGAGGCAACCACGUUCUCGUAGCAGCUCCCUGAAACUGAACACAUAAACCGAUUCUACAAAGCCAAGUCAAGGCUAUGAAAUCUGAAGAUGUUUCAAUUAAUACAGAAGACAUUGAGAGCUCUUCUUGAAAACCUUAGAAAUGUGAGAUUUUUACUGGUGUUGAUACCUGAUAUGGGUGAUAAUGAUGUUUCCAUAGAACAAAGCUGGUACAAAGCCCACAGAUUUUGUAUAAAAGAAAAUACCAAACAAGUUGGAUUUUUCACCUUAGUAUUCAAGAAAUUUCUAUAUGUAAAUUUUUCUAAGCUCCAAGGGGAAAGCUCUUCCCUACAUAAACACGAGACUAUUAGGAGAAAGGAUUUGUUAUCUAGAUACUCUACAUUGCUCUCAACUUUCCCUUACACAACUUUUAUAAAACAGCAUAAAAAAGAUUUACUUCUAGAGUGCAGGUCAUGAAGACUUGAAGCACAAUGUAUAAUUCACAGAAAAACUAAUUUAUGUUUGUAUGAGUAAAAAGCACAUUUCAUCUUCUGAGUUCUUCUACCUGAACUAGCCUCAACCUUAACAAAAUACGAAUCAAAAGUAUGAAUCAAAAGUAUGAAUCAAAGUAUGAAUCAAAGUUCCUUCAUUGUUCCUUGACUUCUCCUCUUCUCAUUAAAGUUCCUUUCUGCCCUGAAAGCUUCUGCUGUCUUUCUUCCCCUUUCAUUCCCCCUGCAUCCUGCUUAUCAUUGUUUGGGUUCUCUGUCCACUUGCUUUUCAAAGCAAACCGCCUUUACCCAAUAGGAAGUUCCCAGGAAUCUGAUCUGAAUUCAGUUUACCCUCUUUUCCAUUACGGAACAUUACUUCAGAAAACUUGGUUCAGCGAUAUUAAUCAUGCCAUUGAGUUCAUGUAACUCUCUUUUAAAGGUGAUGUCGUUUUGUGUGUUUUCUGCCCUGUCUCUGAGGUGUUUCAGAUUGUUAUCUACUACGGUCAGUUAGAAUCCUUUCUGUCUGGCCAAGAGAAGAAGGGAAGGGAGGAAUGUGGCUUACAGUCUGCCUCUUAUCAGCUGUGCUCACUCAUGGUUCUCAAUGAAAUUCUCAGGGGGAAGUAAAUACAAUGAAUAGGGAUAAACAGCUCUGAACACUUCUAAAAGUGACAAUGUUCCAUGAGCUCGAGGUAUACAUAGAAUCAUGAUUCAUAAUUAUACAUUUUUAAAUAUCUGCUUAAUUCAAAUGAAGAAAAAGAAGAAACAAAUAAUAAAUAGUAUGGCAUCAGAAUAAAAACCAAAUAUAUCACAAUGGAUUGCUAAACCCAGUGCUGCUAACAAGAGACAGAAAAUAA